CGCCCGCAACCUCCAGGCUGCGGGCGCUCGUUUCACACCCUGUGCCCGGGACCCUGGCCCCGGCGCCGGGCCGCGCCCCAGGCUUCCCCUCCGCCCGCUCCGAGGCCUCACUUUCACUUUCGGUCCCGCACGGCCAGGCGGGCGGCGGCGGAGCGAGGGCCCUUGGGAUUUUGAGAGCUUCCAUUGGACCACUGGAGGACCCCCAGGGUACUCACAUGCUUGAACCUGCCCUGCUCACAGAACUCUAUUCUUGAAGCAAGAGCCUUACUCAGUAAGGCACUGCUGCCAGAAGUUCCAGAUCGAAACGGCAGUUUUGGCAGGAAGAUGGUGCCUCUGGCCCUCAAGUGGCCACUUGCAAGAAUGUCAUUUCUACUGUCCUCUCUACUGGCUCUCUUAGCUGUGUCAACUCCUUCAUGGUGUCAGAACAGUGACACUACAUCUCCAAAGGCUAGCAAUGGAGCUCCAUUUCCUUGGAGCAAGAUGCGACUUCCUGAGCAUGUCAUCCCAGUUCAUUAUGAUCUCAUGAUCCAUGCGAACCUCAGCACGCUGACUUUCCAGGGCACCACAGAAAUCCAAGUCACAGCCAGCCAGCCCACCAGUGCCAUUAUCCUGCAUAGUCACAACCUGCAAAUUUCCAAAGCCACCCUCAGGAAAGGAGUAGGACAGGGGCCAUCUGAAGAAACACUGAGGGUCCUGGAAUAUCACCCUCAUGAACAAGUUGCUUUUUUAGCUGUUGAACCUCUCCUCGUUGGACUUCCAUAUACAGUCGUCAUUGACUAUGCUGGCAAUCUGUCCUUGACUUUCCAUGGAUUCUAUAAGAGCACCUACAGAACCAAGAAUGGGGAAGAAAGGGUGCUUGCAUCCACACAGUUUGAACCGAUUGCAGCUAGGAUGGCCUUUCCCUGUUUUGAUGAACCUGCCUUCAAAGCGAGUUUCUCCAUCAGGCUCAGAAGGGAGCCGAGGCACGUGGCCAUCUCCAACAUGCCACUGAUGAAUUCUGUGCCUAUUGCCGAAGGACUGAUAGAAGACCAGUUUGAUGUCACUGUGAAGAUGAGCACCUACCUGGUAGCCUUCAUUAUUUCAGAUUUUGAGUCUGUCAGCAAGAUGACCAAGAAUGGAGUCAAGGUCUCUGUGUAUGCCGUGCCAGAUAAGAUAAACCAAGCAGCUUAUGCCCUGGAUGCGGCUGUGACUCUUCUAGAAUUUUACGAAGAUUAUUUCAGUAUACCAUAUCCUUUGCCCAAACAAGAUCUUGCUGCUAUUCCUGACUUUCAGUCUGGUGCCAUGGAAAACUGGGGCCUGACAACAUAUAGAGAAUCCUCUCUGUUGUUUGAUCCUAAAAAGUCUUCUGCAUCCAGCAAGCUUGGCAUCACAAUGACUGUGUCCCAUGAACUUGCUCACCAGUGGUUUGGGAACCUGGUUACUAUGGAAUGGUGGAAUGAUCUUUGGUUAAAUGAGGGAUUUGCUAAGUUUAUGGAGUUUGUGUCUGUCAGUGUGACCCAUCCUGAACUGAAAGUUGAAGAUUAUUUCUUUGGCAAAUGUUUUAAUGUGAUGGAGGUUGAUGCAUUAAAUUCUUCACACCCUGUGUCUACACCUGUGGAGAAUCCCGCUCAGAUUCGGGAAAUGUUUGAUGAUGUUUCUUAUGAAAAGGGUGCUUGCAUUCUGAAUAUGCUAAGGGAGUACCUUAGUGCCGAUGCAUUUAAAAGUGGAAUUGUGCAGUAUCUCCAAAAGUAUAGCUAUAAAAAUACAAAAAACGAAGACCUGUGGAAUUCUAUGGCAAGUAUUUGCCCAGCAGAUGAUGCUCAAACCAGGGAGGGCUUUUGUUCCCGAGGCCAGCAUUCAUCUUCCUCCUCACACUGGCGCCAGGAAACUGUGGAUGUGAAGGCUAUGAUGAACACCUGGACACUGCAGAAGGGCUUUCCCCUGAUAACCAUCACUGUGAGAGGGAGGAAUGUGCACAUGAAGCAAGAACACUAUAUGAAGGGGUCUGACGGCGUCCCGGAAACCGGGUACCUGUGGCAUGUUCCAUUGACAUUCAUUACCAGCAAAUCAGAUUCGGUCCAGAGAUUUUUGCUGAAAACAAAGACAGAUGUACUCAUCCUCCCAGAACCAGUGGAAUGGAUCAAGUUUAAUGUGGGGAUGAGUGGCUAUUACAUUGUUCAUUAUGAGGAUGAUGGAUGGGAUUCUUUGACCGGCCUCUUAAAAACGACCCACACAGCGCUCAGCAGUAAUGAUCGGGCAAGCCUCAUUAACAAUGCCUUUCAGCUUGUCAGCAUUGGAAAGCUAUCCAUUGAAAAAGCCUUAGAUUUAACUCUAUACUUGAAGCACGAAACUGAAAUCAUGCCUGUGUUCCAAGGGCUGAAUGAGCUGAUCCCUAUGUAUAAGUUAAUGGAGAAGAGAGACAUGAUUGAAGUGGAAACUGAGUUCAAGGCCUUCCUCAUCAGGCUGCUGCAGGGCCUCAUUGAUAAGCAGACCUGGACAGAUGACGGCUCCGUCUCUGAGCGGAUGCUUCGGAGUCAGCUCCUAAUGCUGGCCUGUGUGCGCAAGUAUCAGCCCUGUGUGCAGAAGGCAGAAGGCUACUUCAGAAGGUGGAAGGAAUCCGAUGGGAACAUGAGCCUACCUAUCGAUGUGACCUUGGCAGUGUUUACUGUAGGGGCCCAGAACACUGAUGGAUGGGAUUUUCUGUUUAGUAAAUAUCAGUCUUCUUUAUCCAGUACCGAGAAAAGCCAAAUUGAAUACGCUCUCUGUAUGAGCCAAAACAAGGAAAAGCUUCAGUGGUUACUAGAUCAAAGUUUUAAGGGAGACACAAUAAAAAGUCAGGAGUUUCCACAUAUUCUUACACUCAUUGGCAGAAACCCAGUGGGAUACCCAUUGGCCUGGCAAUUUCUGAGGGAAAAUUGGAAUAAACUUGUACAGAAGUUUGAACUUGGAUCAUCUGACAUAGCCCGUAUGGUAUUGGGAACAACAAAUCAAUUCUCUACCAGCACACGACUUACAGAGGUGAAAGGAUUCUUCCACUCUUUGGAAGAAAAUGGCUCUCAGCUCCGCUGUGUCCAGCAAACGAUUGAAACCAUUGAGGAAAACAUACGUUGGAUGGAUAAGAAUUUUGAUAAAAUCAGGGCGUGGCUGCAACGUGGACAGCCUGAAGUGCUGUAAACAGCUGUUUCUUGCUGUGUUCGCAUGAUCCAUAAUUACCCAGAUUUUGUUGAAUGUAAUUUCAAACUAGAGGUUGUUUCGUUUUGUUUUAGCUCCAGCUCAAGAUACUCCUCUUCCCUUCAACUCUUUUCAUUUGACCGUGUCAGUAAAAAGACUCUUUUCAUCAAUGGACUCUUGCGUCCACUUACAGGUGUUGUCCUGCACUGUAAACACAACUAGUGGACUCUCUACCAGAGGAGAAAAGUGCUUUGUUUUUUGUUGCACAUUUAAACUCUGCAGUGUUCAAAUCCCUCAGGCCCUGUAUGCCUGCCAUUCAACGCCGCUCCAUCAGUGCCCUUGGAACGCCUGGAUCAGUGCUGAGAAGGGAGGCAGCCUCAUGGAGCUCUCACAUGUGCCGUCCACCCUCCACUUCUGCCGGCCACCUCUCUCCCUCGCUUCAUGUCCAGGUGCUGAUUUGUGGAGUCCAAACCAUCAGGUUUGCCUGCCCUCCGGAUACUGGUCAAUGGAGAACUCGGGGAGUUUGUCUCUUCCAGAAAAACAGUGCAUUUAUGCCCACAGAAAACACCUUUCAUUAACGCUGCACUGGAGAGCGUUUUAAGGAGAUGUUUUCUCUCUCAGCACCUCACCUGGCCUAUUUUUUGAAUUCUUUAAGAACCCAUUAUUGGUACGUAUUGCCAGUACGUAACCACAGAGUCACCAACAGGUGAUAAUAUAUUAUGAAACAAAAUAUUUGCUUAUAAUAGCCCAAAAGAAGAUAACGUAGCCUACAGUUUUGAAGUCUUACAUAGGAAUUUCUGAACAGGCAUACAUUUCAAGACAAAAAAAUAUGACUAAUGUGAAAAAUGUCAAAAUGUGUUGCUCUAAUACACUGGAACAGACUGGCUUUUACACAGUGCCGUUUUUAUACCUAUUAUAUGGUUGAUGGGUUGAGGAAUGAAAAUAAAAACAAAUCACUUGUGAUCUCUUA